GAGCAUGCUCUGUCUGUAGAUAUUUUUGACAACACAACACAUUCUUUUUGUUGUAUUGUCAGUUUAAAGUUUAAAGUGGUUUAAAUUAAACAUUUUAACUUUACAUAGAUUUUAGGUAAAUAAAAUGACUAUAUAUAAUAUUUAUAUAUUCGACAAGUCAGGAAUAUUGCUUUACUAUCAAGAAUGGAAUAGAGUAAAACAAUCGGGGAUGACAAAGGAAGAGGAAGCCAAACUUAUGUAUGGAAUGUUGUUUUCGAUCAAGUCUUUUGUCAGCAAAAUAUCACCAACAGAUCCCAAAGAAGGUUUCCUCUUUUACAAAACUUCAAAAUACACACUUCAUUUCUUUGAAACUCCUUCUGGAUUAAAGUUUGUGCUUAAUACAGAUACCCAGUCCCAAGGAGUCAGGGAGAUUUUACAACAGUUGUAUAGUCAAAUAUAUGUAGAAUAUGUAAUCAAGAAUCCAUUAUGCAGGUUAUCACAGCCAAUUGAUUCCGAUUUGUUUAAAACAAAAUUGGAUGCAUACAUUAAACAGUUGUCUAUAUAUCCAUCCAAAGUCGCUUAAAUAGAUAUUACUGCUAUAAUUUUUUUUGUAUAUUUUGUAUCUAUUUAUUAUAUUGUAAUGUGAAUUAUCUAGGUAGAAAUAAUAAAUAUAUUCUUUGUAUAUAUGGUACAAUAUAUUAGUAUUAAAGGUAAUAAAGAUAUUUUUAUAA